AUGCUGGGUAUUCUGCUUAUAGCAAUUGUAUCUGGUUGCAGUGCAAUCCAUCCCAUUCUUUCGGCACUACUUGGAAUAAUAUUAAUAAAAGUGGCCACAGUAAGGUACUGUCACAUAAUAACAUUUUUCUUUAUGUUCGGAUAUUUAUUUUUCUUCCGACUAGCAGAUAAAUUUGGUCUGCCACUUUCGUCUGGUCAGACAAACUUAAUAGAAAUGAUUAUAGUAUUAAGAGUUGUUGGAGUGGCAUUUGAAAUCAAUGGUUCCUGGCUAGCAGUUGGAGAAGGAAAGAAAAAUGAGAAUGUAAAUAAAUCUGAAUCAAAAGGAGUAAAAGAAAGGGAUGAUGAUUUUCUUGAAAUAAUAAACCCUAGUUUUGUUGAUUUAUUUCAUUAUUCUUUUAACUAUAUUGGGUUGCUCACAGGUCCAUACUAUAGAUACAGAACGUUUGAUGAUUACUUUCAUUUGCCCUUCAGCAAGUAUGUUGAUUGUACUGGUUUUACAAUCAACACAUUAACAAAAGUACCUGUAUAUGUAUCAUUAUAUUUGGCAUUAUCCAAUGUUUGGCCUUUAGAGUACAUCCUUUCUGAAGAUCAUAAUAAUAGAAGCUUCCUCUACAGAAUGUUAUAUCCUUGGGCUCUCUUUGCUGCAUUUAGGCAACGCAUUUAUUCCGGUAUGACAUUGGCUGAGAGUGUUUGUACUUCGACGGGGCUUGGCGCUUAUCCUGUAGAAGGAAGGAACAGAACUGGCCACGGUCCAACAGUAAGAUAUUUGAAAUUGAAACAAAUGUCUGAAGAGGAGGCAAAAGUGUCUCUGUACGAUUUUAAUACCGUGGAAUCAAUGGAAGUAUGGGGUUGUGAGACAGUUGUAACAUUACGUGACUCAAUGAAAGUUUGGAAUAAAGCUGUGCAGUACUGGGUUGCUAUGGUUGUGUAUAAGAGGUUUCCUGUGAAACCACUAAAGAUACAUGCAGCUUUAUUUGUAUCUGUGAUAUGGCAUGGUUUCCAUGCUGGUUAUUUCUUUUGCAUAUACUUCUGUCCAUUUUACUUAAUGGCAGAGGAUAUAUAUUAUAAACUGUAUUACAAGAACGCCACUGGGAUGGUAAGCAUGACAAAC